UUGUUUGACAUACGGCAUUUGCCGUCAGGUGUGAAAAAUAUAUUUUCACAUUAUUCAAGAAAUAACAAUUUGUUUUAUUUUGUGAAUCUUGUUAAAAAGUAGUGUAUUAUCAGAAAAGCCAAAAAAUGGAAAAAUCUAGGGCAAAAGUUACGAGUGAGGAUAUUGCUGAUGGAGAAGUUGCUGGCGACAAAAAUGAUUGCUAUACCACAGGAUCUGCUAACGGUGAACCGAAAUGCAAAGUUGCAAAGCUUAGCACAGAAGCAAACAUCAUAGCUGACCUAACACUUAAUCACUCAUACACAACACCGUCAUUUACACAGCAACUAAAAGCAGAAUGGAGUUCGCAAGAGAAACAAGACUUUCACGACCUAGCAACGGAUGUAAAAGUUUUUAGAGAUCCUUUUCAAGUUUGUCUGCUACCAGAUCUACUACAAAAUAAAAUUACAUGCCGACAACUUGUCGAUGAAAUGGUGCAAAAAGUUCAAUGGUCUCGCAAACAAAUGGAUUUAUACGAAUUUUAUCAAAGUGCGGAUUUGUCCAAUAUGGCUACUUGUAAGUUAUUAACAAGUUUCCUGCAAAUGCUGCGACGCACUGUGAGACCCUGGCUAGAGGCAUUGACAGGCUUAAAAUUAGAUUAUGUAUCUGCUUCUUGCUCUAUGUACACCUGCGGAGAUUACCUACUGGUGCACGAUGACUUACUAAAGGACCGACAAAUAGCUUUUAUAUACUAUCUGUCACCUUGGGAAAAUGUGGAACAGUGGCGUGAAGAUCAAGGAGGUUGUUUAGAGCUUUUCAACAGUGAUGAUCAUUGCUUCCCAGUAUUCCCCGUAAAACGAAAAAUAUCACCUAAAAACAACCAAUUUGCCUUUUUCAAAGUUGGCUCACGCUCAUUUCAUCAAGUUGGCGAAGUGACAUCAUUCGACUAUCCACGUCUGACCAUAAAUGGUUGGUUUCAUGGUGCAUCCAAUGAUGACUUGAUCUCUGACAUAAUGCGACCAUUUGGAAAACAAGAAUUCACAUCACCAGUAAAUAAGCUUUCGAUUAAUAUAAAUGAACUGUUAAACGAGGUAUACUUAAAAGCUCAAACCAAAAAAAGCAUACAAAAACGCAUCGAAGACAAUUCCGAGAUUUGCUUAUACGAAUUUUUGAGGCGUGAAAUUUUCGAACAAGCCUUAGAACAAUUGUUGCACGACGACACCUUGAAAUGGCGUCUGGAAGGACCAGCAAAUGCGCAUAAUUAUGAAGUGCUUGAACUUGAUACGGCCAGUAAAUCUAUAUCUCGUUUGAUUUCACUAUUUUCAAGUACCGAAAUCUUUGCCUUACUACGUGACUACACCGAUCUGGACUUGGCUGGACCGAACGCUAUUAAUCCCACAUAUAAUCUGCAAAUACAACGUUGGUCACACGGCAACUACACUGUUCUCGGUGACGGCGCCAUAUGUGAGGAGAACACACUGGACCUAAUUUAUUACCUCAACGCCAGUGAAGGCGCUGCUAUUGUUACCUAUCUCUCACCCGAAACGGAUGAACCGCUACAAAAGCAACGAAAUGAAGACUCAGAUUUUGAUGAUAUUGACUUCGACGAGGAAGAUGAUGACUCUGUACUUUUGACAAUUACGCCAGUGGAUAAUGCGCUUAAUAUUGUAUAUCGCUGUGAAGGCACGACCAAAUUCACCAAAUACGUGUCGCGUAAUACGCCACUGGAACGCGGGCCGGUCCAUGUGAUUUCUUGCAGUUAUAAAGAAUAGUGCGUGCUAACGUCCACGUCUCUUUUAGCAGCGCCACGCACAAAUAACAUUAAUUUUAUGUGUUACCAAUAUGAUAACUGUAUAUUUUAGUUUACCACAAAUUUUUUGUGUGCUGAGUCACAUUCAAAAAAGGCAACCGAAUAACGGUACACGAAAAUUAUAAUGAAGCAAAGAAAACACAGUUUAUACCUCCUAUUAAUUAUUUUGUUGAAAUAAAAUUAUUUAAAACAGAAAAAAAGAAAUAAAUAUGUAU